AUGAAAUUACGUGAGCUUUCAGGAACUGAGAAGUUUUUCUUUUCAAGAAGUGUUUUGAAUUUGCAUACUUGUUUUUAUGUAACUGUUAAAUUGAAUAAAUUACCAACCGAAAAUGAAUUAUGUUCCAGUUUGAGAAAAGUAAUUGCAAAAAAUAGGAUAUUAAGAUGCAAUAUCAACAAAAAUGGCGACUCUGCUUAUAUUAAUGAUAUUAUUGAAAAUGAUAAUGAAUUUACCGUUCAAGAUGUGAUCGAAUACAGAGAUUGGAAUAAAUUCGAAGAAGAUGAACAAAAUUCGGUGUUCCAAGAAAUUAACUUUAAGUACGGUGAAUUAAAACCUCUAUGGAAAUUAAUCAUUGCAUCAAAGAUAAAUACCAUUGUCUUAGCGAUGGAUCAUACAUUUUUUGAUGGUAGUUCCGCUACCUUAUUCUGGAAAGCCUUAUUGCUAGAGUUAUCAUCGAUUGAUAGAGAUCAACUUGAAGACACUGAUGUAGUCUUCUCCAAAGCUAACAUCGAUGAUAACUACAUUACGGCUUUAGAUAUAUCGAGCAAUAACUUGUUAGAUGACUGUCCUAUUUCAUUUGCUUCUAAAAUAAAACGGUUUAUUGCCUCUAAGAUUUUCCAAUAUUUUCCCUACACUAUAAUUGCUCCAAAUUCUGAGCUAUUACAGUUUGAUGAUUAUUCGUUCCCUUCAAGUAUUUUUGAAGAUGGUUGUGAUAAACCUGCAUCGUAUAAGCUUAAAAAUAAUAGCAGAAGAGCAAUAAUUAAUAUUAAACCUGCUCAAAUUUCAAAUGUUUUGAAAUACUGCAGAAGCAAAAACAUUGCAUUAACUUCGUACCUGUCAGCUCUAAUAUCUUAUUAUGUGAAUAUAUAUAAAGAUAAGAGCGUCAAUCAUGGGUCCGCAAUUAAAGUAGAAAUCCCAAUUAAUUUAAGAGGAAUCUUAAAGGAAAAGCUUGAAAUGGACAUUGCACCAGACUUUGGUUGCUACAUAUCAUCCACAGAUCUAGUAAUUGACUCUCAACUGAAUGGAAGUACUAUUGACAAAUUGGCAUCCACAUUCCAAAAACAAAUAUCUAACUCUGUGAAAGAGAAUGUUGACGAAACGAUUGAGAACAUUAAAAUCACUGAGGUUAUUGAUUCAUUCAAAUUUUUUGAAUAUAAAGUGACUCCAAAGCCAAGUGAAGACAAGAUCUUUCCUGGUGCAACAUUUGAAGUUACCAACUUAGGUAGAGUCUCAUUUGAAACCAAGAAUGAUAAUUUUUUUGUUGAAGAUGCUUUAUUUGGAGGUUCUCAAAGUUUAACCACUAUCUUUACAUGUUAUGUUAUCAGCACAGAUUUUGGUGGUAUGAAUUUGGCUAUCACAUAUAGUGAUUCAAUCAAGGAUUUCAUGGAACCAGUCAUUGAGAAAUGUAAAGCGGAAUUAUUAAGUUUAUAG